AGGAUCAUUUGAUGUACCAUUAGCUCUUGAACAAGCAGCAACUGAUCUUGUGAAUCCACAAGCAGCAACAUUUGUCUCUCUUUCUGAAGUCAAGACCUCCCCAAUCAAGAAGCUUAUGUCUGUUCAUGGACAAGUUGUGGCUCAAGAAAUGACAAAGACUGUAUUUGCCAAAGGAACAGACCUUAACGUGAAAAAUAUAACCAUCAGGGAGCGAGGCCAAUCAUGCAGACUUGCACUCUGGAGAAACCAUUCUUCAUCAAACAUAAAUGUUGGAGACUUCUUGGAGGUGACAAAUGUACUUACUAAUGAGUUUCUGGAGGAGAAAUAUCUAUCCUCAACAAGACACAGUGAAGUGAAGGUAAUAGAUCAAGAGGCAAUCAAACAGGAAGCAGAAGUGAUUUCAUAUGACAUUCAGGAAGACACUGUUCAAUUGACAUCAAAUGAACAAGGCUUUCCCAACUACACUAUCAAAACAGAGCUUCUGAAACAAGCUUUUGAAGACGAAGAAGAUUUGGACGACAUAGAUGAAAUCCUGACGAAGAGAGUCCCUUUCAAAUGCCAGUUCAUUUUAAAUAAAAAUGGCAUGGACAACUUCUCUAUCAUUAUUUAA